AUGGCGGGGAGCUUCCGCGAGGGCGCGGGGCCGGGGGACGCCCACGCGCCCCCGCCCACGCCCACCCCGCCCCUCUCGCAGUUCCUCGCGCUCGACGCGCUCCCCUCCUGGGGCUCCGACCCCAAGCAGCCGCACUGGCGCCACCCCGAGCUCCGCCGCGCGCUCGCCUCCGACGACCAGGCCGACGAGCUCAGGCGGAUCCGCGCCAGCGUCCAGGACUCCGCGGGCAAGGCCAAGUGCAAGGUCAGGUCGCUGCACGAGGCCAUCCAGAAGCUCGACAAGUACAAGAACAUUGUCACCCGCAAGCGCCAGCGCGCCACCGACGCGUCGUCCGCUCCCGACAAGCUCGGGCCCGCCGGCCCCUCCUCCUCGUCCUCGGGAGCGCUCAGGAUGGGCGCGCAGAACAACUCUUCUGUCUUGAGCAAGCGCGUGCGCUCCUCGCUCGCCGAUGCCCGGGUGGAAGGACGUGGUAGUGUUCCUACAAGGCAAGGCCCUUUGGUUAGUAAUGAGAAAAAAUCACCUGUGGAGAAGGAAAAGAGCAGUACAAGAAUAUCUGCUACAGUCUCAGGGCUUUCUGAUGACAAAUUGCGGGGUUUAUCUACUGGCAGUGAAGGGUGGGAGAAAAGAUGA